AACCUUCUUCCCAGAAUGCCCCACGAGAGCGUUAUGAGUGAGGCGGAAGUAGAUGCCAGGAAGCCCCGCCUCAUAACAAUGAUGGGGCCAAGAUGGCGCCUGGCUAUAGCUGCGCUUGUGGGCUUCGUCGUUGCUGCCCCCGGGUUGGCUGAAGUGGCUUUGGAAAGUGAUGGGAAAAACCCAGCCAGUUUGCCUGGGGCCACGCCGUGUUGGCAAAGCGAGGAUUUCGUGGUGACCCAGCAGUGCGCUCCCUGCCAGAGUUUUCAGGCGAAAACGAUGCCAGAAUGCAGCGUGACGGGCUUCAUUGAGCAGAUCAACUGCAGCGCUUCCAAGAAGGGCGAAUACAAGAGGUGAGCUCACUGGGAGGAGAAGAGCGGUCGGGCCUUGGC